AUGCCAACAACUUACGGCUCCUCAACGUACAACGCAAAAACGUAUGGCAAACGGUCACUAAAGCGCGGGCGGAAGGACGAAGAAAGUUCUGUCGUGGAUCAGGAUGACUCUUCGAAGAAACGACAAAAGGUUGGCACGGAGCAGCCUGAGCAGCGUUCUCUGACCCCCGAAGCGAACGUCGAUGCGUCACAACUACGCAAACCUACCGUCCUAAUGACAUAUGGUACACCCAAAAAAUCAAAACCAAGUACGGAUUCACCGUCUCCUCGUUCAACACCCACUGCCUCACCAUCCCAACCCCCAAAGCUUGCAAGGGAUUUAUCCCAGAUUUUUGCCGCUGUUACUCCCACACAUUCUCCAUCGCCAUCUUCUAAGAAGCUGGCAAAACGUAUGCUAGCACGGUCAAAGACAGAGUCGUCAAUUGACAGCCAAUUCACAAACGACAAUUUUCUUGACAGAACUCCAUCUCUUCCCAACUUUCCUUCCUCAUCUCCUCAACGGAAAUCAAGCACUGUAGACGUAAACAUCGGGGACUCUGCUAAUGCCCUACCUUUCUCUGCUCAUGCUCCCGUUCAAACAACCACCCGAACGUAUGCAGGGAAAUCGCGCUCAUUCCUUGUAGCCUUACCAUCCUCAAGCCUCCCCGCCGAUGCGCUCCACGACCUUGAACAGGAAGAAGACGAUUAUUUAACGCGCGAAUCAUAUUCUUCCUUGCGUACUCGAUGGGGAGUCGACAAUUCUGAAGACGAUCCCUAUUCAUUCGACCCUCCUACUCCCAAGAAGUCGAAUUCUGCCACCCCCGAUGCAUCGCCAAGCAAGAGAAACAAAGGGAAAUCAAGGGUCCUCCCUGCGUCUGCACGGCCCAUACCGCCUUUGCCAAAUGGAUUAAUGAAUCCUUUGAAGAGCAUCACAGAGUUGAGGAAUAAAGGUGAAAGUCGACGUUUCUUGGAUGAGGUUGGGUACCUCUUCGAGGGAAUGGAUCCAAGCGGGGGGAUUGAGUUGCGAAGAGCUAGCGCCCUUGAAAUCACAACCAAGCUCUGUAAUCCGGAAUUUUCGCGAAAAGCAAAGGCAACGGACUUUUUUCGGCAUACUUGGGACCUCUUUUUAGAUGCGGGCGGGGGCAAGGGACGCGACAAGAUCUUGGAUACUCUUCUAGUCUUUUUCGCCUCUCUCGUUGCCCGUGAUGCAACCUCGCUAGCUGAUUUAGCGCAGCGCCGCCCAUCAACCCAAACUGUCGAUCCCACAUCGUCGUCAACAGAGCAAAAACAAGGCGAUCAUAAACCUUGUUCCUUUGUUGAUACCCUCUUCACGCUCUUAGAAAUAACGACGUCUGAUCCCGAUCCUCUGAAACUUGUUGGGCCAAAGAGCAACCUUGGAGAUGCGGAGUUCAAGAAAUUUGGUUUCAAAAAGAAAGAUCGUGGGACGUUGAGUACAAUUUACAAAGCCAUUGCCACGGACUCGGGUCUAUUCCCCUCCGAGACACCCAUAUCGACAUCACUUUUGAUCACUCAAACCCUUCAGGCUAUUUCACCCUCGUUAAUCCCAACAAGACGCUUUCCAACGCUUCUCGCUUCACUGCGAGCAUCGUUGGCUUCCUCAACAUCCAUUUCAUCUUCUUCCCCAGGAUCCUUGGCGUCAUCGCUCCACCUCCGAUGGCGUGAGGCAAUGCAGGAAGUACCUUAUCUUGGUGUCUACCAUCACUUGAAACUUUUGGAUACAUAUUUAUUGAGCCAAUGGGAGUCGGAUGAAGAUGUUGACGGCCUUGAAGAGGGGGUCCUGAGUGGAGAAGAUCUCAACGCUCAGAUCAUGGACGAAGCUCGGGAUGAGUGGCUAGUCGACGAUCUGGUGGCGCUGGGUGUUUGUGCCGAGAAUCAGAUGGCGAAUGAUGCUUUGGAUCGACAUUCCGUACGUAACUGCCUGGAGAUCACGCUGAGAGUUCUUGUCAACCUAACGCACGGAGACGAGCUGUGGGGGGAAAAGGUGGUACAGAAUACUUGUGCGAUGAACCUUUUGAUGCGGACCAGUGCGCAAGCAGGCAGAAGAAUGAUGCAAGGCAGGGAUGCAGUUCGAGUGAAAGAGGAGGUCGACAUAAUGCCAAAGGUCGAAGAUGCGGCUGAAGGCUCUUCAGGGUCUGUUGCUCACAACAAAGAUCGAGAGGAAACACACGCCUUGGAUCAGCUGUGUUUGUCCCUUGGUUUACUGACGAAUUUAGUUCAGGUUGCCCCAAGUGCUAAAGACGUCUUGAGGGAAACGCGUCUGGAUCCUUCCUGCACAUUAAGGAGGCGCAGCUGCCUCCACAACUGCACAUGUCCGAAUGCUAUCACCGCCCUCGAAGUCCUAAUGCACCUUUACAUCCAACAGCAGCCUCCCAGCUCAAAUACGGUCCCAGCGCCCAAACUUGAUCCCGCGCCUUCUCCAGAACCCGAACUGAACGCCGAAGCUGAUGCUUCCUUCCUUCGUGGCCAUCUUGCGGUCCUCUUCGGGUUACUCAUGCGUGGAAGCCCCGUUAACCAGACUGCAAUCCUUGCCUGUCUGCCAACACCGUCUGGUGGCGUUGGAGGGAAAGGGAGUGACAGGAUCAAGCUGAACAGACUCGUGGACCAAGCUCGCGAGUUUGUAGCGUUUUUUGCUGUUGUUAGUGGUGGUAGUGUGGAUGGGGAGAAGGAGAGCAAGGUUGCGAGAGAUAUUGUACGGUUUUUGGAGCAGCAAAGAGACGCUCUUUGA